CCGAUUGGCUAAACGAUAUGGUUCGGAUUUAGCACUAUUCCCACUCUACCACGAGAUUGACCGCAUCGUCGCGUCGCGAUGCCUUAACUCCUAGUUUUCUUACACCCAAGCCACGCGGGUUUCGAUAUGACGUCUAGGUGGAGUUCCACCACAACACCUUGUCCCGGAGAGAUGAGUAUUCGCCAAGCCGACUCGGACGUCAAGAUGUCGCGGACAAACUCAUCACUCGGGACCACAACAAUUCCAGAGUAUAAAGCAAGGAGCGGUGCACCCACCUUGAACAUCAUCACUAAACAUACAGUCUCGCCAUAUAUACGCUUUCCAUUACCACGUCAAGUCAUACCAGCCGACCUUUCUGUACCCCAUCUUCAUAAUGUCUCCUCCCCAGAACCUCCUCAACCUACCUACUCCCUAUGCCGAAGUCCACGAGCUGGAGAACCUGCAAGGCGCCGGCGACGCGCGUCCUACAGCUCUCCAGAUCCUCAAGGACCAAGACCUCGUCGGCAAGCUGGGCGGGAAAGUCGCCCUUGUUACGGGUGUUUCUUCCGGCCUGGGUAUCGAGACUGCGCGCGCGCUCAAGGCAGCUGGCAUGCACGUCUUUGGCGCCGUCCGGAAUCUCGAGAAAGCCCGCACAGCCCUGAAGGAUGACCUUGAGCCUGGAAAACUCGACCUCAUCCACCUGGACAACAACUCGCUCUCCAGCGUGCGCGCCGGCGCCGCAGACUUCCUCUCCAAGAGCUCGACACUCAACAUCCUCGUCAACAACGCCGGCGUCAUGCAGACCCCCGAAGGCCGCACCGAAGAUGGAUUCGAAACGCAGUUCGGCGUCAACCACCUCGCGCAUUUCCUCCUCUUCCAGCUGCUCAAGCCCAUGCUCCUCGCCUCUGCAACCCCCACCUUCGCCAGUCGCGUCGUCAACGUCGCCUCCUCGGGCCACCACGACGGGCCCCGCAUCUUCUUCGACAACAUCAAUCUCGAGGGCAUUUACGACCCGCGCCUGGCGUACGGGCAGUCCAAGCUCGCCAACAUCCAGAUGGCGACCGAGCUCGAGCGUCGCUAUGGGUCGCAGCACCUCCACGCAUUCAGCGUCAUGCCAGGCGGUAUUGCCACCGGCUUAGGCAAGUUUCUGCCGCAGGAGCUCAUCCAGAGCUGGCUUGCGGACGAGGAGUUUAUGCGUGCGUGGAAGAGCCCCGAGCAGGGCGCUGCAACGCAGGUCUGGGCUGCGGUAGGGAAGGAGCUCGAGGGCAAGGGCGGCGCGUAUCUCGAGGACUGCCAUGUAGCCGGGCCGGCGGUGGAGGGGAAUCCGCAUUUCGGGUACACUCGGGCGGCGUAUGAUGAGGCGAGUGAGAAGAGGCUGUGGGAGGUGAGCUGUGAGAUGGUGGGUUUUAAGGAGGGCUAGGUCAGCACUCUGUAGAGACAUCCUGAGAUGCGCAUAGAGAUAGAAGGCUGAGAGGUUUUUUUUUUGUUCCCGAUGAUUCUGUCUCAUAAUUUCCACCUCUACCUAGGCAAAUAGACCACUAAUUACUACAUCUAUCCAUCAGAGUCGUGUCUGCAAUCCUGGUGACAUCAUCAGACGUUCUCUAAGAUGGCAUACAUUCCGACCACCUCAAAGCUGCUACAACACCGACGAAACAAUUAUACUCACCAACGGCUGAGUAUGAUCGCAGUGCAACAUUCGACGAGAACUACGCCGUCUAGCUGUUCAACAGGGCUGUACUUGCCUUACGUGGCACUAGCGGGGAUGGUGGGUGGCGGAGGCGGGGGGAA